AUGCGGAUUGCACAGAGCUCUCUGCAACCCACCCAGGCUCUGAUCUCCCUGACCUCCUCAGGCCCACACUCACUGCGCUAUUUCUACACGGGUUCGGAGCCCAGCCCUGGGCUGUCCGAGUUCUCCGGGGCCGGCUACGUGGACGGGCAGCUCGUUAUUACCUACUCCAGUGAGAUGCAGCGCGCACAGCCUGGCACGGCCUGGAUGGCGCGGAACGUGGGCCCAGAGCAGUGGGAGCGGGACACGUGGAACUUAAAGGUUGCACAGGCCUUGUUCCGAGAGGACCUGGACACCCUGCGCGAGCGCUGCAACCAGAGUAGGGGGUUUCACACUGUCCAGAUGAAGUACGGCUGUGAGCUCCGGGGUGACGGCUCCAAAGGGGGGGUUUUCCAGUUUGCCUACGACGGGCGAGACUUCAUCAGCCUGGAUAAGGACAAGGAGACCUGGGUGGCGGCAGAUGACGGGGCUCAGAUCACCAAGCGGAAAUGGGAUGCUGACAGGAGCUACACUCAGACAUACAAAGCCUACCUGGAGGAGACCUGCAUCGAGUGGCUGGGGAAGUACGUGCAGUACGGGAAGGAGACGCUGCAGAGGAGAGAGCAACCGCGGGUGCAAGUGAGCGACCGGCCGAGCCGGGACGGGCUCACCACCCUCUCUUGCCGGGUCCACGGUUUCUACCCGCGGACCGCGGUCGUUGUGUGGCUGAAGAAGGGGGUGCCCAUGCAGCAGGAGACAAUCCAGUGGGGGGUCGUUCCCAGCGGGGAUGGGACCUACCAGACCAGGGCCACCAUCGAGAUCGACCCCAGCAGUGAGACCGAUUAUACCUGCUGCGUGGAGCACGCUAGCCUGGCGCAGGAUCUGAGAGUUCCCUGGGUGCCUAAGUCCAAUGUGAUGCUGAUCGUGGGUGUCGUCAUUGGGGUUCUCGUGCUGGUCGCUGCCGUCGCUGGAGCCGUUGUCUUCCUCAGGAAGAAGAAAGGCGGCUACAAAGCGGCUCCAGCUCACGAAGGCUCUGCCAGCUCCGGAAGCAACCAGGGAUCGGACGCCUGCAUCAAGGCAUAACGGAGCCCGUUGGCCCUGGCUGGGGGGAUUCCAGACAUGAGGGGAGAGACGGGAGCACAUUCAGCUCCUGGGAAUGCAACAGCUGAUCAGCACCUUCCACACCCUGCUUAAAGCAUUUGCCUUGAUUGUACCAGAGCUAAACGCCCGCCUGUGAGACAGCAACUGCAGCUUUCACUUUAGAAUUGAAACCUCUGUGGCUGCAGACUGCCAGGGAUGGUCGGGGACAAUUAUUGUUUGAUUGCUACAGAACUGUCUUGUUUUAAAACUUAAAUCUAUGAGGAUCUUGUUUGUAUAGAAAAAUAACCAGGGUUGGCUGGACUGAAUUGUUAGUGAUGGGCUGUACCCAGCACACACUGUUCGGUUUGUUUUGAUUGUAGUUUAGUCCCUGUUUUCUGUUUCUGCCCUGAUUAAGGUAUUAAGAUGUUAUUCUUUUUGCUGCUGCAGCUUCCUGUGUAAUGGGCUAAAUCCUGCUGUCAGGGCAGGUCACCCCAGUGUCAGGCCUUGUCUACAUUGCGAUUUGCACGGGUGCAACUACAGAGGUGUGAGUUUGAAGUGCGCUAGUUAAAUCCCUGUGUGGACACUCUUAGUCUGGUGUAAGACAGGGCUUGUUUUGAUUUAAACUGAUUCCCAAGUGACUUAAGCGACAUCAGAAAAAGCCACCUCUUCUCCCAGGAUCAGCGUCCCCUAGCUGAUCUGGUGCACGUUUGUGUGUAGACAAAGCCUAAGCUGGUGCUGAUUCUGCCCCCAAAUGGGAUGAUUUUGUGUGUGACGGAUGUAAUUUUUUUUUUUGCUUAAGAUUUUAAAACCAGUUUUAAAUAGUAAUGUUCUCUCUCUUGGCAAUUUUCAACUGGACACAAUAAAUGUAGGUUUGGGGUUUUAAUCUCUCUCUC